AGGCCUGGUGGUCUCGAAGAAGAGGAAUGGUUGGGUUAGGAUACACAUGAUACGAGAAGCACCUCGCAUGUUAUUGGUAAAUUGGGAUACAAAGAAAAGCACAAACUUCUGUAACUUAAUUUGGUAACACUUUUUUUGUACAUAUAUAGUUGCAGUCUUAGGAGAGUCUCGGUAUAUAUACUUGUCGUCUUGUGAUUGUGCAUGGAUUGUUAUUAUAUGUCUAUAUUCAUCUUGUUCUUGGUGUAGAAAAUGUUUCGAGGUAGUUUUUUUCAUUGUAUAAUCAGCAAAGUCGGGAGCUGCUACAUGGUUGACACUUGAAUUAGUUACCUAGUUAAAUGGUAGUUGGAAAUGUCGUACUAGCAGAAUCCCACACACUGCAUGCGUUGCUUUCCGUUGCACUAUUUCAUUCCUCGUGUGUUUGUGAUUGCUGUGAGUACCAUUCUGCAUCUAGCAGGUACAUUCUCCUAUUUCGCCACUGUACCUUACUCCAACUUCGAUAACUACGACGGACUAUUCUAACUCCUUGUCAUCUUCGAUUUUUUUGGUUCAGUUCUACUAGGUUGAACUUCUACCUAGGUAAACUUCCAGGUAUCUAUUGGUAGCCUGCAACCACUGAGGAGAUAAGACACGUCGCGAUGACGGAGAGUAGUAAAAAACGUGCGGAGCGGAGCGGAUCUGGAGAACCUGCAUCUGCAUCGCCAGAGCAGUCCGUAGAUGGGCAGCAGCGCAGAAGGAGGCCGCCGGCGCAGUUGGAGAUUGCGACAGUUAAGCCACUGUUUCUACAAUGUCGUCAAAAUAUUUUCUGCGGGAACCUCUUCACCCCCGAGUAUGUAAUUAUUCUUUAGUGUGCGAAAGGGACGAGCCCCUAAUAGGUUCUCCCGCAAUUGUGAUCACCUGUGAACCAGUGGAGGAACCACAUUUUAUGUAAUAGUGAACCAGUACCAUAGUCGUGGGAAGAAAAAGUCUACUCGAAUCUUGCGGAAACUGGGAGUGACGCCGUAAACAAGGCGAAGCGCAUUCCAUUACGGCUAGCGGAUGAAAACUACAACUAAAUGCCAACUGAGUGUAGGAGUAGGAGAGCAAAAGAUGAAAAUCGACAUUCCAAUACUCGUGAAAUUAUUAACGACAUUUUUGUCUGAUUAGUCAGCGGUCAAAUAAGUCUUUAUUUUUUCCUAUCAAGCUGCACUCCAAGUUAGAGGGGUCGUAGACAUAUUCCUGUACACUCUCAUUGUCCCACACUCGGCAGUUCUCUCACGCUUACCAAUUAUUGCAGCAUCAACAGCAUUAAUCUCAAUAUUAUCAUCAUCGUGAUCAAAUUUAGACUGCAGCACGAAUCAGCACUUCCUCUUCGACGUCAUGGUUUCUCUUGUCCUACGUCAUAGAUACAGUGCUCCUUGUCCUGUCAGAGUGGCGUCUUUUGUGGGAAAAGGAGCCCUUCUCUAAUAACAGAAGACUCGCCGAAGGCCGAGAAAAAAAAGGAGCGCCGACCGCCAAGUAUCGCCCUACAUACUCAUCUACAUUGCAUUGACGAAUAGAUAACAACUCCUGGUGAAACAAAGAAAUAGCCAAAAAAGGCAUCAACUAGUUGUACUAGAAGUACAGAGAGGAAUAGCCAUCCCCAUCUUCUCCAACCAGCGCUACACAACAUUGUAUUCAAUCAUUUCAAAUUACAACAAAAGGUAGAGUGGCACUACUACGUACUUCAGAAGAGGCACCAGCUACAUUUUUAUUUCACCCACUGAGCUGCAGCUGGAGGUUGUGAGAAAUACUACAACUUCCAUUUGCUUUUUUCCAGGUCCGACGAAGCGGGCACUUCCGCCGCCUGCAUCCGGUGCCUCGAAGAUCCAGUUGGAAGUAUGGUCAGAGUGCGUGCCUCUACUCCGCAAUGAGGCAUUUUUUUUACGGCUUACAGAAAUCCAUCUAUCUUUGUUGUCAAAACCAUCUUUGCUGUCCCAAAAGACGUUUUUUCAUUUUGAGGCUGAGGGGUGAUUCAUAUUAGCUACUUUUCAAAGGCUGUUGCAGAUGAUUCUCACACCUUUCUGUUCCAGGAGCACUUAAUCUCGCACUUGAUUGAUGCCGCUUCGAGAGGGGUAAAGGGGCAUUUCUUUUCUCUCUCUACUAAGGGCAUUUCAAAGGUGGAUAGAUAGAUUUAUGUGGCAAUCAAUUCUAACUCUUGUCGAGAAUGCGAAGUAUUUGAUAGACCACUGUUUUCUGCGCGACAUGCAAAAUGGAAAGUUGUCGACGAAUCGAGCGCGGAAAUUUGUGGCCGAAAAUUAUUACGUCAUUCGUAGUGAUAUGCGGUCGUUUGAGGUACUUCGUCUUGUUCUAAGCCUUCUUCAUAACAUUUAUGUAAUGAAAACCUAACUUAACCUAACCUCUCUAGAAGUACCAAUCUCCAUCUUUUUAUGAUUCUUCGUGUAUGAUAACCCUAUCAUCGGCUGCUUUUUACCACCACACUGUUGCCUGAGUUUAACCACUGCAUCUACUAAAAGAACCUGCACUUCUAAUUUUAUCCACUCUCUCGAGUUUUGUUGUGAUCCUUCUAAAAACUGCUGGGUAAAAAUUGGAAUUUUUUGAUCGAUUUGAUGCUUGUUUUUCUUAGGUCGCAUUCGAGCUCUACGGUCGGAAAGACGAUCUGUAUGGGAAAUUUUUCGAGUUUCUGCGAGUUGCAGCCGGAUUCGCAGCUACGCAUUAUGUUGUACUAGCAUAAAUCUUGUAUUUAACGUAGCCACGUGCCCGGGGGUCUUAUUGUGCACGAUUCAUAACCUAACCUCUUUGCGCUAGUGUACCUCGAUCAUACAAACGAGUUCUGAGUCUAGACCUGAGUCUAAGCGACUUAGUAAGCAAUGCGUUUCCUGGCGGGGGUUGAAGGGGCGAUUGUAACCCAAUUACUACAUCAAAGAGAGCAAUAAUCAUGUCGAAAGAAACCGCAGCCGUGCAUUAGGGUCAUUAGGCUUCUAGUUACUUCUCUUCUAAAGAUAUUUGGCGCACUUCCAGAAAGCAUUGAAGCUGACGGAGGAUGACAUGCAAAGAUACGAACCAUCUCCGAGAAGCCAGUGCUACAGUGCGUAUUUCAGUUGGCUCGUCACGCACACUGAUCCCAGCAUAAUUGCGGUUUUUAUGGCCAUAAUAGUGUUGGUGUGUUAAUGAAGGUUAGGCCAAAGAAGUUGUUUAAGUGUAGCGCUCAGUGAUGUUGUCACUCUCCUUCUCAUUUCCGUGUCGCUUCUAAGUUGUUGGCUUAGUCUCGUGUGUGAGGUAUCAUCGUGACGAAACACUACGACGCCGUUAUGGCAGUCUGCACUGUACUACUUGGCGCGAGAUUUAUUGUGUUGUAUUGUAUUGUGUUGUAUGAUUUCGCGACACAGAUAGCUGAAGUGAGAUUUCUGGCAUUGCAUUGUAUGAAUGUGCAGGCUGUUUUCGUAGGCAAUACGACGACGCGAUGUGGAGAUGUGAGGCUUUCAUCCUAAUGUAGUCCUGCUUCGUCACCAAUGUGCCAUCGACAGAAUGUGCGUUGUAUCAUGAUAGGUUUCGCCUAGUACAGACUGCGGCCUUUUUCAAUUUUUGUGAAUGAUGUUGCUCAGCUCUAAUGACAGCUACCUUCUCAACUAUCCGAUCUGGGCGCAGAUGUGCACUGCUGCAAAAGACGCAAUUACAGCGAAUCCGAAGUAGGGAGAUAUAGCCUUUUUUACAGGACUCAUAAUUAGCUUAGGCAGCGGCCCUCCAAAGAACAUGAACAAAUACAUUUACUAUUCGUCUAAGUACUUCGCUUUGUGCUUGUAUUUUUUCUCAAAAGUAUUUUCUCAUUCUCUCGCACGAGUCCCUCCCGUUUGCAUGAAUAGGAGUAAUUUUGUUCGUAGUACUGCUCCCCGUCGCCUGUGAUCGAAUGGACCUUUCUCGUUUGUUUUGUUCAGCGAGUACCAUUCUCUCCAAAUCUGUUUAGGUACCGACUGAGCGAGAAAGACACAUCCUAUUUUGCUUUUUACUCGGAGCCACUUGACGACAUGGAAUUGAUGGUCACCGAAAUCCUUUUAUGAAAAUUUUGUGUAAUUGCAGCACAAGUGCAUGCUUAUUCGAAUGAAAUUCAUCGGUUUUUUCGUCGGUUGGCUUUCGAUUACCUUUAGGGAUCUCUGCGAAAGUCAUUAGUCGGGAAUCUUGAAAGUGAAAGAGAAGUGUGCUACUGUAUUCUUGGGGCAUUGUCGUGUAGGGGUCCUCCAGUGCUGACGCUCAAAGCACUAAAAAAAACAACCGGUUAGUUUUUACCUCUAAAACUUAGGCUUAUCCCAUGCAGCAACAAAUUAUUUACAGAUAUUGUUAUUGAUAUGAAAUCUUCAGGUUUAUUUCCGUUCUAAUGUGGAAGCGCGCAGACGGCGACUCAAAAUUGAAGCAGAGCUUUCCAUACAAUUAUGACCACUAGAAAAGUGCAUUCCCCUCAACACGUCGUUCUACUCUCGCUGGUCAAUAGUUCUCUUUCACCUUCACGCUUCCUCAGCGGAUACCUCGAAAGUGAAAGGGGGCGCUCUCACCAUUUCUUAUCUCCCCAAAUAAGUAUCUAUUGUCUACGAAUUUGUAGUUCUACUUCUACCACGACACACGGUCACAGAGAAGAGAUAGCAGGAUUAAUGAAAGGCAUAAGAUGAGGACCUAGUUUCCUCGAUUUUCCCGUAGUGCUAGCGGGACUCGGCCCGAAGCUGGAUUUGGGAAAAUUUUCGUAAAAAACUCUUACACCGGAAUUACAAUUCGACUGUUGUGGCUCCACGGAGCGCACAUCGGGACCGAUCGCAACAAAGCUGAUAGCUCUAAUAACUGAAAAUAAAGGACUGCGUCCGAGUUCUGCAGACCUACUUGGUAGAGUUCUGGGAUGGCAUUUACCAGGGAGCGUACACAUCUUAGUUAUGUGGCAGGAGAAUAGAUGGAGUAGUUGUUUUGAAUCGAUUGGUUUUGAAGUCGAAAUAACAUUCAUUUCCCUCAGCUGCCUCCUUUUCAAUUCUAAGAACAUUAACAAUUUGUCACUCUGCGACAUAAAAACAGACUGCACCACCUCGCGCUAGGCACAUUCAUUCAUUCAUUCACUCAGAUCUUGAUCCUUGAACACUACUGUGCUGCUCCACUCGCGCCUUGCGCGCUCCGUUGUUUAUGCUGUGCUGUGCUAUGCUUUGCACAUAGGCCCUUGGCAGUUGCCAAGCGAUAGCGACCUACAAGAGCAUCACGAGUAGCUGUUCGCGUCGACUUCUAUAGCAUUCAGCAGGCUUUCUGAAUGCGCAGUAAUAGCCUGCUCAAGAUGUGCGUACGUGACGCGUAUACGCGUCUCUAGCAGCUGCUAGAGUCGCUCUUUCUGGUAGCUACCAGGCAGAGCGCGCGCAACACGCACGAGAGCCAUAGUAUGGGGAGUGUCAGUGCUCAUGUGGGGUCAUUGACUGUCAUUUCCGGUCUUAGCGUGGGGACCUAUGUGCCGACAGUCUACAUGUUAUCUAAUCUUCCUUCCGUGCUCUGUGUUCAUGUUCCACCAGCGCUGCUGGCGGAUCGACAAUGAGGUGGAGACGGUCCGGCGUUCCGUCGGAAGGAUGAUGUGGUGGCUCGAAGAUGCGUGUCCAAUCCACAGGCAACUCUGUGAUGAGCUCAUCUGGUUGCCAAAAGGCUACGCAAGCGGCCAAGAGGUCCUUGCGUGAGAAGCCGUCGGCCGGGUUGAAAUUCGUGUUAACAUAUCGGUACCAGGCACGGGCGGCGAAGAUGCGGCUUUGCACUGCCACGUCUGCUGCGAUGCGUUGGCUGAUGCGGCUGCGUGCUGAGACCUUGGUGAGGGCGAAAAGUUCGCCUGUGUUGUCAACGCCGACCACUACUAUUGCGUUGUGGUAGCAGUCUGGAAAGCACAGCUGUGCAAGUCUCGCAGCUGCGAGUUCUAGAUUCUCGAUUGUGAGGCAUUUGCCUGUAUAGCGUUCGUCGGUGCAGCUGUAGUCGAUGGAGAAAGCACGUAUUUUUCCAUCGGCACAGAAGAAAAUGCCUCCUAAUCUCGGGGCACCAUUGUCGCCACCGUCAGUGGAGGCAUCAAUGAAGAGGAAGUUUUGUUGCAUUGGCUUGCUGUAGGUGAUGAUGACAGGUGGGGCUUCCUGGAAGAGCCUUUUUGUGGCUCGCGCCAGUGUUGCGAGGUUCUGGCGCUGCUGUCUAUUUCUGCAUAGCUGCUGGAACGUGUUCUGGGAGGCCCGCGGGUAGAUGCCCCGUAGUAUCUCUGCGCCGGACCUGCAGGAGUGGACGAUGAGGAAGUUUGCCAUGCCCAGCAGCUGCUGGGCCGACUUGUGUACAAUGUCCUUUGCUUGUAUUUGGCUGAGGAGCUCCUCUGCCAUGCGCAUGCCUUUUUUGCAUUUGUCGUAGGGGAGGAGCACUAUGAUUCGCUCGCUGGCGAGGUCCCACCAGUAGUCGACGCCGAGUGCGCGGAUUCGUGGUUGUGUCAUCUCCGCUGUGCACUGGUUUCCAUCUGCUUUUUCCGAGAGCCUGAGGCCCAGUACCUGUGAUAGUUUGUCGUAGAUGGUACGGGUAAGCAGCAUGGUUUCGGCGUCGGGUGCAAAGAGGAAGCCGUCGUCUAUGUAGAUGAUGGCCACUACACCCAUCUUGCGAAGGAUGGCGCUGACUGCCUCCGAGACGCGACAGAAGCCCGGCACUGGGUGCCGAUUGCCCAUGUUGAGGACAGCACUUUCGAACAUCCUCCAUUUGGCUAGCUUGUUGUCGUAGUAUGCGCAUACGUUGUGGUCUGGCCUAUCCACUCCAAAGAGGUAGUAGGCUGCUUUCCAGUCCCUGCUGGUCAUAUGCGGGAGGGUGCCUGCAGGUCCGCUAUGGAGAUUGAAGAUGUGCUCAUUCCACUCCGUUACUUUUUCUAUCGCUGCGGCUGCUGCCGCGGGGCGGUUGUUGGACGUGGAGGGUGAUGUAGAGGUAGGUGCGUUGAGCGCGUCUGGAGGCUGCUUCAACCAGCUUUGCGCUCUUUGCCUCGUGACUUCCAUGUUCCUCCAUGCCGCUGUGGCCGUGUUUUCUCGCGGCAAGGUCGUCGUGGCACCUUCCGCUCCUUGCGGGGCGCAGAAAGAUUGUAAGACUUCUUGGAUGAAUCUAGUGCCUGGUAGCUGCACUUUCUCCAGGAGGACGGAGUAGUCGUUGUUGUGUGCUGCAUUGACUAUUUGGCGGACUUUGAGCGUUUCCUCUUUUGGAAAUACUAUGGCCGGUCUGACCUUGAUGUCUUUGAUGUCAGCCUCCUUGUACCAACCUGCAGCCAGCAUUUUUUCGGCCUCCUUGAUGAGCUCAUCGAGGAGGUCGUCCGACCAGGCAGCUGGUUUGCAGCGUCCGACCCACGCAGCUGCGUUAGAGAAUUGCUGCAGUUGUUGGGGCUCCAAGGGAACUGCCUUGCUAUCGAGCGGCCAGACGCCGCUUAUGGUCGCAUUCCCGACGCAUUUGAUUCCAUCGAGAAUAUCUUGUGGCAGGGCUGUAUCUAUAUGAUCAGCCCAUUCGGUAAGCUGUUGGAGGGCGGCGACGUUGCGUUCGCAGUUGGUGCCUAGUCCAAGCACGUGCUGGAGGUGCGGGCUUGUGCUACGUAGCAGUUUGCGACUCCUUCGUUGUGUGGUGCUGCCGAUUUCGUCGAGCCACUGGAUCAUGUCCUCGAGCUUGGCCUUCCAUUCACUUCUGUUUCUUUUGCAGUGCUGGAUGUUGGCAAUGGUGGCUGGAUGGAUUUUUGACGAUGUUGCCUCCUGUGCUUCAGCGAGGUGGUAGCUUACUACAUGCACUACUUCUGCUGCAUGUAGUAGUAGUUUCUGGCGCUCCUGGUCUCCUGGUGCUGCCAGUGGUGGUCGCACCGCGUUGGUGCUAGUAGUGUUGUCCUUCAUCAUUGUUUCGUUGUAGCUUUGUGGCGAUAAGGGGUGGUGGUGGGUCAGAAAAAGUAGCACGUUGCAGUUCCGCGGCGGCUAUUAUCUCGACCACUAUCAUAGCUCAUCUAUCAUAGCUGAACUCUCCACUACAACCCACACCGAUCUAGAGCUGAGUAGGCUGCGCUCUCUCAGAUCUUGAUCCUUGAGCACUACUGUGCUGCUCCACUCGCGCCUUGCGCGCUCCGUUGUUUAUGCUGUGCUGUGCUAUGCUUUGCACAUGGGCCCUUGGCAGUUGCCAAGCGAUAGCGACCUACAAGAGCAUCACGAGUAGCUGUUCGUGUCGACUUCUAUAGCAUUCAGCAGGCUUUCUGCAUGCGCAGUAAUAGCCUGUUCAAGAUGUGCGUACGUGACGCGUAUACGCGUCCCUAGCAGCUGCUAGAGUCGCUCUUUCUGGUAGCUACCAGGCAGAGCGCGCGCAACCCAAUCCCAACCGUGUUGACGUCGUGCCCCAUUGGUGUUCGACGCAUAUUUUGCGCGCUUAGAGUGGGGGUAGGCUUCGCUUGCCUCGCUCUCGAUUGACGUUGUCACGGUGCAUCUUGGAGAGGCGGACUUUACCUAGGAUGAGGCUCUCCUUGUACUUGGUUGGGAGCAGAUGCCACGGAGUUCCUUUUUUGGCCGCUGUUGGCGGUUGCUGUGGUUGCUGCUUUCUUGAAGUGGCUGAUUGGCAGCUUGUCCUUCUUUGCUACUGCUGUCUUUACCGAGUCCACUGGGAACAUGAUGCCGUUGGCGACGCGAUGAACUUUUCCAGUCUUGGCUUUCGCUAGUGCCGCAGAUUUAGAUACCGUUGCUGGUGUUGCAGUUUUGCACGCUUGUUUCGUCCCGUGGUGACUUGCCUGUUUGUGGGCUGCCAGGUCUGGAUCUGUCACUUUCAUGUUCGUGCUGCUUGCCGAUUGGCUAACUUUUGCGCCGACGGACUUGUAGCUGUCAACAGCCGCUUUAAGGAGUAGCUGCUCCUUGCGGUCUUUGAAGCGGAAAUUGUGGGACGUGUUUGGUCCCUCGUCAUGCUGCUCUUGCCAGAUGCCGUCGAUGUUCGGGAACAUGCUUGAGACGGUGGCAUAGUCUAGUAAGUCCACUGCGUACUGCUGGAACGUGGCGGGGCUCGUCCAUCCACGUUCGUAGAGGAAAAGAGUGAGGUUGAUGUGCGAGCCUGCUUCUAUCCUUUGCCUCGCUGCUAGUGCGACCACUCUCCGUAUGCUGUGUUCGGAGAUUUGCAUGUGGUCGAGCAGUUCGGCGAUCGUGGCUUGGUCAAAGACGCGCGGAUCUGCGUAGUCGUAGGGUUUACCGCUGCGGCCAUGUAUCGGGCAGAGGAUGCACCGCUUCGGAUUUGCCGAUCCGCAGUUGCAUGUGGCUGUGACUACUCGGCCUUGCACCCCACUAAUCUUGUCCGCUGUGAUUUGCGUGUAGAUGGCUUUUGCCGUCCACCAGACGUCUUGCGGUUUGAGUGCUUUGAUGGUCGCCCCACGCACUCCUAGUAGGAUCCAUAGGGCCGCUAGUGCUCUAGCUUGGACGGAGAGCGUGUUGAUCUUGUCCGACACGAGAAAAGGAGUUGCUUUUUGGACUGGAUCUUUCAUUAUGGCCCGCUUCACAUCUUCCUCUGCAUCAGCAAAUAUUUUUGGAGCCAUGCCGGUGUGGUCGUCUACUAGGAUGGCUUGCUGUCUGCCGUCUUUAGCGAGCGGAGGAGACGUGAUGUAUUUUGCAAGCGACUUGAACGCCUCAAGCACAGCUGUGCCGGUGCGCUCCGAGUCAGCGAGGUGGAGGCAGUAGAGCUUGAGAUGAGUGUAGCCAAUGCGCUCGUAUAUCGGGAUUGCUGGGUGGUGCCGCUUGGCUAGCCACUCGCGGAGGCGUUCAUACUCUUCUGCAUUCUUGGCUAGCGUGGUGUCCUCCUUCGCGCGUCGUAGUAGUGCUCUUUCCUGCAUGUUCGUCUGUCUGCUGAAGGCAUCCUUCCUCAUGCCGCUGAAGUCUUGGAACUUGGGAUCCAUGAUGUUCGCUCCCUGGAGUGGGGGCUGUAGUAGGCGCUGCUGCAGCGGACGGCUAGUUGCAGCGGCAUUGUCUUGUGCUUCAGGCUGCUGUAGCUUGUCGGAUGGGUAAGUAGCGGUGGCCAUCCUUGUCGUUGUGACAUGCUGGAGAUGUGGCAGUAGCUGUUUGCCCAUCUUAGCCUGCUGCGGGUUGACCGGCAGGUGUGCUGCCGCUGCUGCUGAUUGUAGUUGUUGCUGCGCAACUGUUUCGCGUGAUGGCCGCUGCCACCAUGGUUUGCUAUUGCUAGAGCUGUUUGCCGCUGCGACUGCUCUGGCAGCUGCUGCCGCCGCGAGAGACAUGCUUCUCUGUAUGGUAUGCUAAUUGGGUAAGCGGUAGAUGGUGAUGGCAGUUGUGCUCAGCGCCUCUCUCGAUUCACAGUGUCACUCUACUCUAUCUCUUGACUGUUGCUGCUGCUAUGGGACCCACAGCUGCUGCUGUGGUGCGUGCCGCUGCUGCGGCACAUGCUGUGUCUUAGUGCUUUGCUGCACUAGCUGACUUUUUGCUUUUUUCAAUGCGCUCGGCGUUAUAAGCCGUGCCCACAUCGACAAGUACACUCGUUUUUCAUUUUUUAUGUGAGUUUUUUGGCAAGUGUAAGUGCGUGGUGUGAGGCUAGAGUAGUGGUAGCAGAUUUUGUGCGUGUUUGCUUUCACUAUUCGUUUAUUUAGCUGUUACUUAAUCUUGUGUGUGACUAUGUUGUAUUUUGGAUGUAAUUGCUCACUGCAGUGCUGCUGCACUUGAUUUAUCUUAUUAAUAUUGUUCUCGUUAUUUUUGUAGGUGUUCUUAGUUCGCUUGUUGGCAUCAUCGUUAUAUUUGCUUUUAUCGCUGUCGUGCUCUACCCUGUUAUGACAUAUAUCGUUUUGUUGCAGUGCAGCUGCACUUGCGCACUUAGCCGAGCUUCAAACUUUUUCUUCUCAUGUGGAUGGGUUUUUCAUCGUUAGUGAUAUGGUUGCAAAGCAUCCGUAUAGAUGUAGCUAAAUCUAGAAACCACAAAAAGCCAAAAAUUUUGGCUUGUUAGUUCUUCCCCGACUUCUUCGACUUUUUGGAGCGCUUUUUCGGUGGAGCAGCUCCAGCUCCAUCCUCAUCAUCCUCAUCCUCCGUAUCGCUGCGGUCCCCGAUGUAGUUGUCCGGGAUCGCCUUCCAUGUGGAGGGUUUGCGUGGAUUUGCACCUUUCGCAUACGCGAUCUGGAGUUUGAUGAUCGUGCGCCAGUUUGUUGCGUUCUGGAAACUGGUCGGGAUGCGAUGCAUGUAUUUGCACUUUCGGCUGUGAUUUCCGCCGCAGCGUCGGAAAGCGAAGUUUCUGCAGAUUUGCGACGGCAGCGGGACACCAUCCACGAUGGGCGCCUCCACGACGUUGUUGUCGAGCGCCGCGCAUGCAAUGCCUUCUUUCCAGAUCGCUUGGACGCCGGUUUGCCAUGCACGAUGUUUGAGCGUGUCUGCAUCGCCGUUGGUUAGUUGACGUUCCAGCUGGUUGUGCUUCAGGGUGGCGCUCUUGACUUUGCCUUGUCCUCCACCCGGGCGCGCGUUGCCCGCCGUGGAACCGUCGUCCACCAGAUCGCAGACGUCCCUGAUCUGGCCGUUGAUGAUGCCUUUGCCCGUUUGGGUGCGUGCACGGUUGUGCUGGUUCGGCGACAACUUGCGCUGUGGUGCCCGCGUGUGCACGUUGUUCGGGUGCUCCAAGUCGUAGUAGAGGUCAUUUCCCGCUUCCUGCUUUGCGAGGUGGGAGCCGAACUUCUCCGCAUAGUAUCGGCGUCGCGAGCCGAUAAGUCCGUAGAUGACUUGCCAGCCGUGAGUGAGCACGUAUAGCAGGGAGCGCUGCUCCGCGGAGGCCGGUGCUCCGAUAGCCAGCGAUGGCGGUGUGGUAUCGAAGAUCAUGAAGAUGGCUGUCGGCAGGAGGUGGAGGCAAAACUCAGCUAGAGUUACUCCACUGCAUUUGGUGCGGAGGUUGAUCAUGGCCUCUUCCGCAGUGUAGACCGAGUCAUACUCCUCAAUGGCUACUGCGGCUCGGAUGAGCGCUCCGAAGGCCGUGCCAUCGGUCUGCGGGUGCACCGGCGACACAUGCAGCACCGCUUCUUUGACCGUUUCGUAGGAGCGCAGCUUGCAGUUUCGCACCAGCUCGAAGAUGCAGGACAUGUUGUAGCUCUCGUUUUGGGAGAUGGGCAUGAGCGGCACCAGUCGUUCCACUUUUUCGCGGAUUAGCGUGCGCAGGCUGUGCUCGAACGUGUUGCGAUCCGUGAUGGAUUCCGUCAUUAGGAGGGUAGCUACCCAUCCUAGGUUUUCCGCUGCGGACUUGAUGUUAGUUUUCAUGUUGAGAGCUGUAGCCGAUGGCGCGUUGGCUCCGCUGGGCUUCCACGAAGCUGAGAACUCUGCCAGGUCCGUUUCCGACAUGAUGCCGUUGAUGAGCAGCGUGAUCAACAAGCGUCGCCACUGUCGGCGCUCCGACAGCGGGAGGCGGUCCACCAGGCGGUAGGCGUGGCUCUCCGGGUGGAUGUACAGGCUGUCCGCCAGCUUCUGCAGGUUGGCUUCGUACACCUUGCCCUUGUCAUCCAGCGCCAGCAUACGCGUGUUGGUUUUGUAGGUGUCGAGUUCUACUAGCAGGGGAUGUUGCGCUGAGCCCCGCCAGAUCGGUGCAUAGUCAGCUGUGGUUUGGACAUUGUGCCAUUCCCAGUUUGCCUGGUACAUGCGUAGCCAGGCGAUUUCAUCGCUUUGCAGCAGCGCGGUGCAGUAUGGGGAGAGGACGGUGUUGACUGGGCCUCCUCCGCCGUACGGCGCGAUGGCUUGGUUGUUCAUGGUGUUGGCUGCUUGCGCGAUGGUGGCCGCACGCACUUCCGGCGUGAGUCCCAGCUGACUCAGCAGCUGCUGUAGCUGACCCAACUGGAGCUGCACUGGUUGAACAGGUUGAACGAGCGGUGCAGCGGCUGCCCCAAUGGGGAAAGCUCCUUGGUUUGCGCCUGGUGCUGCCGGUCCUUCGAAUUGCAUGUUCUGGUUGCUUCCAUCCGCGUAGAUGACUGCCGGAUGUGCGACAGACUGCGUGUAGUCGAAGGUGAGACCGUUUUGGCGUAGCGUCUGCAUGUGGUUCACGAUUCGCGCCCAGCGAGCCAUCUUGGUGCCUUGUCUGUUGACACCGAGGGUGUUGCAGACGUCGCCCAUCUGCUGUGCGCUGAUCCAUGGUCCGUGCGGCUGGAAUUCCCAUGGGUUGCUGGCUGCCAGCUUGGCCACCAGUGCGACGCACGCAAUGCGCGCUUGAUCCUCCGGCGGGAUAGGAUUUCCCAACGUGUCGCGUGCGCCGGCCAACGCCCCGAAGAUGUCCUCCUGUGCCACUUGUUCGUAUUGCUGCAGGAUGAGGUUGGUGGUGAGGUUGUCCAGCAGUGCUGUGAUGCCUGCCACACGUUCAUCUGCGGUUGCUGGAUCGGCCAUUUCGUCCACUAGCAGGCGGAGCCAAGCUUUGAUGUUGUUUGGCAGUUCCGCUUCCAAGGUGCGCUGCAGGAUGUAUGGCAGCUGACGUGGUUGUGCUGGCGGCUGCGCUUGUUGCAGUGGGGCAGCGCCUGCUGCUGCAGGCUGUGCUCCCGCCGCCAACGCCGCAUCAAGCGCGGCUUGCGCAAUUGCGUCCGGCUGUGGUGGGACUGCAUCCAUCUUUUCCUAUUUCGUACUGCUUUAGGUGUGGAGUGCUAAAGUGAGCUUGUCUUUUUCUAGUCGUUUCUUAGUUAGUUUAGGGAAAAGCGGGAUUCUCCUAUCUCGUCAAGCCUGUAGUUUUUCAUGAUUUGUUGAUUUUGUUUUCUACGCUAUCGCUUUGCAGUCUAUGUGUGGGAGAUUAGGCAGCGCAGUUAAUUAUCACAUGGAGCUCCAUGUGCCCUACAGGGUUUCCAAUACGUUGCUCCGUAUGCGUCCUUAGGGGACUGCGCCGUGGGCAUGCAGCUGCAUGCCCCAGGAUCAUGGCAGCAUGAUCCACCUCUGCUUGUGUGGCUACACUUGAGGCGGCGCGUGUGUUUCACCUGUCAGCUGACUACGGCAACACACUGGGCUGGUGCUCCAGCCUCUUCGCUAUGCUGCCUUCUGUUAGUUUGGACGCUUAAAACGUGCCUAACCUCCAGACAUAGCGGCCUGUCGCGGCGUACCCACAGGCUCUGCCCGCAAGAGCUGCUCGUGCUUCUCAGAAAAAGUAGCACGUUGCAGUUCCGCGGCAGCUAUUAUCUCGACCACUAUCAUAGCUCAUCUAUCAUAGCUGAACUCUCCACUACAACCCACACCGAUCUAGAGCUGAGUAGGCUGCGCUCUUUCAUUCAUUCAUACAACUGCUUUUUCGCAAGACAAAGAAAGACUAGCUGGAGGUGACUUAGUUAUAAACUAUACGUCAACUUCAACGUGUGUACCCGCUACGGCAGUGUCGAGGAAAUCAGAUUCGACUGGAGUCGUUGACACUGAAAAGAAAUAGUUGGAAAUUUUUCAUCUUGCUGGUGCCUCUCAAGUACGUAGUCCAUCAUUACGAUCAUCUUGAUGCUUCAAAGAUGACCUUGAGAAUGUUAUCAAAACGGGUUGACUUAAUGAGGGAACAUGGGAAGAGAUGCAAAGGAGAAAAAAUGGGAGUGAAAAAGAGUUAAAGCUAGAAAAAUAUAAGUAUGUAAGGGUCACACAAAUAAAAAGUCAAAUCAGAAAUAAAAAACUAACUGUUUAAGAAAUGACACCCCCCGAAGGUAAAAGUAAAAGGAAUUCAAAGUCAAAGGGACGCCUCUUCAGUGCCACACGUCACGGGAGAACCCCACUAAAAGCCUAAUUAACUUCUCCGUUAAACCUAAGUGUUUUGUGAGUGCGACUGUUUCUGUUUAUUAAUUAAGAAGCUACACAAAGAGAUAAGGAAGUUGUUGCUUAGCAAAAGAAGCAAUAAAAAAGGUGAAUAAGUUAAGUAAGGCUGUGGUAAUUGCAAAUACCUCCUGUUAGGUACAUUCAUUCAUUCACUCAUUCAUUCAUUCAGCGAGAUGAAACUAUUUCGAUUCAUAUACUUGAGAAAUUGCACCGUUACAAUUUCGUAUUGCUCGUUCACUUCUAUUUCUAAGGCAGAGCGUUUGACUGGAGUUUCGAUUUGGGGAGAUUGCGAUUACACCACAGUUUCCGAGGAUGCAACUGUCUGUGGGUAUUCUUCAUGGAAAUGAUGCCUUGGCAAUUCUGCUUCAUGGAGAGGAUGAUAUAGAAGAUGAGAAAUGCCGCUGAAGACGUGUAACGGAAAUGGCUCGCCUGGAUGCUCGGAACAAAACCACAGGAGAUCCAUACAGGACGCGCUAUAAUAUAGCACCUUCUUGGAAAGCCUUGCUAUCAAUUUGAAUUUCUGGAAGUAUGACUACUACGUUCGUAAAAGAUAGAGCUCUGGUGUCCACAACUGCACUCAGGUUUAUUUCGUAUAAGUGCAAGGAAAAAGCGUCUCUACUCGGGUCGCAACGGAAUCAGGCAGCGAGAGUUGUCACGUGAUUCGCAAACGAAUGAAUGAAUGAAUCAAGGACCAAGAGGAGUCUGUGUCUGUUUUCUACUUUGUGAAUAGUGAAGGCGGUAGAUCAGACCGCGGUCAUAAC